GUCUGUGACGCUGUCUGGGCCGUAGAUCUGUCUGCUCCAGGUCUGCGUGUUUUUUCGGUUUUUUCUGUUGGGCUGAUUUCACUGGUGGGCGCUAUUUUGAGAACAUCAUCCAGCUGCGCUGCUGCUGCCGUCAUACUCUCUGCUUUUAUGUAACUUAAUCCCCCCUCAAAUACUGCUGAUUUUCCUGCCUGUUUACAUCAAGAAAGAAGCUUCUGAAACGAAGGACAGUGUCUCGAUGGAGGGAGAUGAUGGCGACUUCCUCCCUGAUUCAUCAGAGCACUCUCAGUCCCAGCGAGGAAGUGUGGCUUCUUCAGUCACCAGAGCUCAGGAUUUGUUGGUGUACUUGGCGAGCGACAGUGCAGUGCACUUGACUUUGGAGGGUCUCGGCUGUAUGAAUGCACAGGAGCUCGGCCGCAAUGUCCGAGAAGCCCUCAACAUUCCUAGCACUGCCGUAGAUGUGUUCGCUUUCUGGUUCUGCUCUCCUUUGCUUGACCUGCAGUUGAAGCCGAAACAUUUGCCCUACAAGCUGUGUCGUCAGUGGCAGGACCUGCUGUAUCGCUUUACCGACGCCCCCCAAGAAGACAUUUCUCAAGAUGAGCCAUGUCUUCUGUACAAAAGAAAUGUUUUUUAUCCCAAGUCAAAAGAACUUCAGAUUGAAGAUGAAAGAGUUUUGAGGCUACUUUAUGAAGAGGCCAAGAUGAAUAUCUUAGAGGGUCGUUACCCCUGUGACCCAGAACACUGGCUGAGAUUGGGAGCUUUGUCCUGUGCCAUUGAGCUGGGGACUGGACUUGAUGACCAGGCUCUAACAGUGGCUAUCAGGGAGAAGAAGCUGUCAUCAUUCCUACCGGCCCACGCUGCAUUAGGAGGAGGAGGUUUUCUGUCCACACUGAGGGGGAGAGGCGGGAGGAAUGCAGAGAUGGAGCAAAAUCUUAUAAAGGAGUAUCAUUCAGUCUGCUCCUCUGCUGCCACUGGCUCUAGUCUGGAGCACAUUGCUCUGCUGCACCAAUACCUCAGGAGCUGCCACACCCUGCCUUACUACGGAUGUGCUUUUUUCCUGGGUGAGAUAGACAAGCCAGCCCAGGGUCUUCUUCACAGAGGUGGCCGUAAGGCAGUGAGUGUGGGCAUCAGUCUGGAAGGAGUGUAUGUCAUGGAUGUGAAAGAGAAGCACGUCCUCCUUGGUCUCAAGUUCAGUGAGCUUUCCUGGGAUCACAGCUAUCCAGAGACAGAGGGAGACUCUCAUAUACUCUGGUUGGAGUUUGAUGGGGAGGAGGCUGGCAUGCCUGUCAACAAGUUAUUAAAGAUUUAUUCAAAAAAGGCUGAACUAAUGAGUGGUCUUAUUGAGUUUUGUGUGGAGUUGCGCUCUGUUGGCGAGUCAGCAGCCGCUGGUACUGACGGUGAGGUCACACCUUCCCCAGAGCCUACGGGUCUGGAAACCAAUGAGAAAACCCGAGAGCGACGGCAGGGGAAAAUGCAUAGGCAAAGCAGCGUGGUCUGUAACCGAGUCCAUUCACUCAACACCAUAAGCUACGUUGAUGAUGGUAAAGAGAUUAAACGUCUGAAGCCCAAAAGAGCUGCUUCUUUCUUCACGCGACCGGCUCAGCCCCCCACUUACUCUGCGGUUCAGGUGACUGAAAGUUUGGAGCAAGGGUGAGUCCCAGCUUCAACACUACCCUCUUCUGCCCGGUGACCAGAACUAAAUCUGUCUAUUUAGAUUGUCAGAGACACUGUCCAAAAUCAUCUGAAUGGACGGAUUGGACCAAGAUCACAGACUGAAGAGCUAAACCAGUAUUUAUAGAUAAUUUGUGCGUUAUGUCACAGGUUUAAGUUAAAGCUCUCUGUUGGCUGUUGAAAGCGAAUGUGAAAUUUGCUUCAAUAAUGCUGUUUUGUUAAACUAAUUUAAAGAUAUUUUGGUGCAAGGGCAAGACUAUGAGACACAAUCCGAAAGCUCUGUUUAGGUUGCUGUUCUGAAUGUAGAUUCUACUAUGCAACCAUCAAAACAAACUACAUCCCAGUGGCUAUAAAUCAAGAGUACAGUAGUCCAGCACUUUAAUCCAUGUCACUAAUACUGCUAAUACUAGACCUGCUGCACCAAAGCAAAGAGUCAUUGCCUCUAGUAUAGGACAUCCACUCCUAUAUGCAAAACCAGGGCUGCUGUCUGUAGCAAAGCAUUGCAAAGACAGCGCAGACUGAGAUUAUGACAUUCUAUGCUACUUGUCUGCUGUAUGUGUGUAUUGUUUUUGCUGUCUGUUUUCUACAGGGCUUGUUUGCAUAUGCAGACUUCUUCUUUGUACGAUUUUUUU